UUUUUCAAUUUCAUAGACCUGUCGGUGUUGAAAUAUUAUUUUGAUGUAAAAGUUGCUUUCGAAAAAAAUACUCUAAGGAUAAACAAAAUGGGUAAAAAGCAACAUCAGAAAGAUAAAUUAUAUCUGACAACUACAGAAUGGAAGAAUCAGUUUGGCGGGUACAAAGGAAAACAGGUGAAGAAUCAAGACUUCCGCCGUCUACCAUUCUCAUGCUGCACAUUGUCCAUGCAGCCAUUUGAAAAUCCUCUGUGCACAAAAGAUGGAGUAAUUUAUGAUCUUAUGAGCAUAGUCCCCUUCUUGAAGAAGUAUGGUAUUAACCCUGUCACAGGAGACAAACUCAGUGCCAAGGAACUGGUCAGACUCAACUUCCACAAAAACGCUGAUGGCAAGUAUCAUUGUCCAGUGACAUUCAAGGUCUUCAAUGAGAACACUCACAUUGUUGCAGUAAGGCAAACUGGAAAUGUCUUCGCUAAUGAGGCUGUGGAGAGACUAAAUGUCAAAACAAACUUCUGGAGGGAUCUACUUACAGAUGAACCAUUCACCAGGAAAGACCUUAUUACAAUACAGGACCCAACUAACCUAGACAAAUUUAACAUCCAGAAGUUCUACCAUGUGCAGAAAGGCCUCAAAGUCACCGAGGAUGAUGAAGAUGUAUCCUCUAAGGAUCCUAAGAACCGAUUGAAGACGAUCAACGCUGAGACGCGCGAUGUGCUGGCCACAUUGGAGAAGGAGUAUAAAGCUCCUGAAAAAAGAACAGAAACCAAAAAAGUAGCUGACAAAUUCAACUCUGCGCACUACUCAACGGGGGCGGUUUCUGCCUCGUUCACCUCUACUGCUAUGGAGCCCACCACUCAACAUGAAGCAGCAAUCAUUGAUGAGGACAUUAUCCGAUAUGAAAGAUUAAAGAAGAAGGGCUAUGUUCGUCUGCUCACCAACCGCGGACCACUGAAUCUCGAACUUCAUUGUGACAUGGUUCCAAAGACAUGUGAGAAUUUCAUCAAGCUGACCAAGAGAGGCUACUAUGAUAACACCGUAUUUCAUCGCAUAAUUAGAAACUUCAUGAUUCAAGGUGGUGACCCGGAAGGCACUGGUAAAGGAGGGGAGUCAGCAUGGGGCGGGACGUUCAAGGAUGAGUUCAAACCCAACUUGACCCACUCGGGCCGUGGUGUUCUCUCCAUGGCAAACUCUGGACCUGACACCAACAAGUCCCAAUUUUUCAUAACAUUCCGAUCUGCCAGACAUCUUGAUGGAAAACAUACAGUGUUUGGGAGGGUUGUAGGUGGCCUGGAGACGCUUGAUGCCAUGGAGAAAAUAGAGGCUGACAAGAAGGAUCGACCACAGAAAGAGAUCCGUAUUGAGGCAACGGCAGUUUUUGUUAACCCAUAUGAGGAGGUGGAUGAAGAGCUUGCCAAUGAGAGAGAGGAUGAGUUGAGUCGUCAGGCCGCUGCGGAGGCGGAGAAAAGAAAGCCCAAGAGUCGGAAGGAGGAGCCCAAAAUAGAACACAAGGUCUUCUCUGCAGGCGUCGGCAAAUAUAUUAAUCCUUCUACCCUGAAAAGAAAGAUGGCAGAGACCGAGGCAACUGUUUCAUCAUCAGAGGGCACAAAGAAGAAGGUGAAAACUAAGACUUCACUUUCAGACUUCAGCGCUUGGUGACUUUUAAAUGAUCAUGUGGAAAGAAAUGUUUCAGCAUGUGCAUGAAAACGUUUUGAAUAAGUUUCAUUCAAAAGUAUUACGGUACUACUGAUAUGCUCAUAUUCAAUAGCAUCGUGAAUUCUUUUUUGCAAAGGUUGGAAGUCAUUUAUAUUGUGAAAUUGUUAUUUGUAUGAAUUUGUCAAAAUAAAAGUUUUAACAUUUUA